AUGUCCGAACAGAACAAGCAGGAGCCGAGCCAGAUCUCUGGGCAGCUCAAGGGCAUGGCUGAACAGGCCAUCGGAUCCGUCCUCCCCGGAGCCACGGGAGAUGCGUGGAUCGAGUCUGGACAGAAGCUCCAGCAGGAGGGCCAGGUCGAGGUCGAGGAGGCCAAGCUUGAGGCGAAGAAGGAUGCGACUGUCGACAGCGCGAAGGGCAAGGCCAAGUCUGCUUUCGGCUAUGUCACGGGUAACCAGGAGAUGCAGAACGAGGGCAACAUGCAGGCUGAGGGUGCUCAGUGGAAGUACAAGCAGGCGAACAGUGACGGCAUCGCUUCUGUCCCAGUCCCGAGCGCCGAGGGCGUCAAGGGCAAGCUGGAGAGUGUCGCGGGGAUGGUGACGGGGGAUCAGAGCAAGCAGAUGGAGGGCAAUGCGCGUGCUGAGAAGGCCGCUUGGAAGGAUGGCGUGUAG